GAAUGUUGAAUCAAUUGCGUCCCUUCAAAAUGUAUUUAUUCGUGCAGGAAAAAUGUUUAUGGUGUGUGCAAGAAGACCAAAUUGAUAUAAUAUAUCAAAAUUAAAUUUGAUCAUCUUCUUUACUUUUCUCUCAUACUUUUUAUCAUUCUCUUAAUUAUAUUUUCCCAGAGAAUAAAAUUAAUCAAGAGAUAGAAAAUUACGAGAGGGAAUGAAAGUAAAGUGAAUUAGAUUAUAAUUUUUUUUUUUUUACUAAUAUUGUUGUUGGAAAAAAUAGUUUGGGCAAAGCAGCCCAAAACCCAAACCAAGUAGGACUUCAAUUCCCGCUUCUCCCUCCCAUUGUCUGAAUAUUGACAAUUCCGUUUCAUUUUUCAACUUUGGACUCUUCAAAGUCAAAUAACGCAUAAACCACUUCUUCUUCUUCUUCUUCUUCUUCCGAUCUCUCUCUCGGUCUUUUAAUUAGAGUGUAGCGUAGCAUAUAAACCAUUGCUUCCGUUCACUAUGGAAAAUCAGCAUUUGUCCGAGACAAAGGCAGCAAGUUCCCAAGAGGUUGAGAAGCUGCAAGAAGAUGCUUCUGCCAUUCAGAUUGAAGAUCAGGAGAAAGAGGCAAAAGCUCAGAAUAUUGGUCAUGGCGACACCGAGUUUGACAACAAACUGGAUGAUAUAUCGGACGUGAUAAAGGACGUCAAAGAUGGAAGGACUAAGUCUGAUACUGAUGCAGAAAUAAAUGACAAUGUCAUUGGAGAUUCUGGUUUGGCCCAGGCCAAAACUGAAACUGAAGUCGAACAUGUUGGGCAAGAGUAUUCUGGUGAUAAGGUUGAGGCCGGCAGAGAUUUUGAACAUAAAAGUGAAGAAAAAAAUCUAGAUGAUAAUUCAGGACAGGAUGAUUUGGCAAAAGAGGAGAAUGUCGGGAGAGGCACGGAAUCCACAGAUAUGGAUCAGAAGGCGGAUGAAAUUCCAAAUGAGGACAGCAAUUUGGACCCUGUAUUCGAUGGAACAGAGAUUCCAGGGAUGGAAGCUAACCGGAGCACAUCUAUCCGUAAGUUGGAUGGUGAUCAGGGCAGUCCAGGUGUGGUUGAGAAGGCAGUAGCUCUUAAAAAUCUUGUCAAGGAGAAAAGUGCAGUGGCGGUCUCCACUAUGCUGCGCCGCCUUUCUGGAAAAAGUGAUGAAGCUGCUGUGGAUAGUUUUGAUGAUGAAGGCAAGGAUAUUUCAGAUAUCUCGGAAGUUAAUGAAGCCAAAUUGGUUUCUGAGAAGCCAGCAGAGAAAUCUGCCUGGAAUCCUUUAAAUUAUAUUAAGAAGUCAUCUGAUGCUGAUGCGGUAAACAAAACUGGUCAGAAGGAUUCAAUAACAGAUGGUCCACCACCACCAAUAGCCUUGAAAGGAAGGAUUAUAUUGUACACAAAACUAGGGUGCCAAGAAUCUAAAAUAUUUAGGCUAUUUUUACGCACAAAAAGGCUUAGGUAUGUGGAAAUCAAUAUAGAUGUAUAUCCCGGUAGAAAGAUGGAGCUGGAGAAGAUUUCUGGAUCUACUUCUGUUCCCAAGUUGUUUUUCAAUGAAAUCUGUAUUGGAGGCUUGAGUGAGCUAAAAAACUUGGAUGAGUCUGGAAAGCUUGAUGAGAAGAUUGACUUUCUUAUUACUGAAGCACCAUUAUUUGAAACUCCAUCACCACCUUUUUCAGGAGAGGAUGAUAUUUCCAGCACUGGAGCAGUUGAUGAAUUGGCUCUUAUUGCUCGCAAAAUGAAAGAAUCUAUUACUGUGAAGGACAGAUUGUACAAAAUGCGCAGGUUCACCAACUGUUUUCUGGGCUCAGAUGCUUUAGACUUCUUAUCAGAAGAUCAAUAUUUGGAAAGGCCAGAGGCUGUUGAAUUUGCUCGAAAGCUUGCCAGCAAACUCUUCUUUCGACAUGUUCUUGAUGAGAAUCUAUUUGAGGAUGGUAAUCACGUGUAUCGGUUUUUGGAUGAUGAUCCAAUUGUGGUGUCACAAUGUCACAACAUUCCUAGGGGGAUUGCUACUGUCAAUCCAAAGCCUAUAGCAGAAAUUGCAUCAAGGCUGAGGUUUCUGGCCUCUGCAAUGUUUGAAGCCUAUGCUUUUGAAGAUGGACGCCGUGUUGAUUAUACGAGUUUACAUGGAAGUGAGGAGUUUGCAAGGUAUCUGAGAAUAGUAGAAGAGCUCCAAAGAGUGGAAAUAUGGGACAUGUCUAGAGAAGAGAAGCUCGCUUUCUUUAUUAAUCUUUAUAAUAUGAUGGCCAUCCAUGCAAUCUCAAUAUUGGGUCAUCCAGAGGGAACAUUAGAAAGAAGGAAAUUAUUUGGAGAGUUCAAAUAUGUUAUCGGUGGCUCCACCUACUCACUUUCAGCUAUUCAAAAUGGCAUAUUGAGGGGAAACCAGCGACCUCCAUAUAACCUUAAGAAGCCAUUCGGUGCAAAAGAUAAACGCUCAAAGAUGGCACUCCCUUACCCUGAGCCUCUGAUUCAUUUUGCUUUGGUAUGUGGUACCCGAUCUGGGCCUGCACUUCGGUGCUACUCUCCUGGAAAAAUUGAUGAAGAAUUAUUGGAUGCAGCUCGUAACUUCCUGAGAAGUGGAGGCCUUGAAAUUGAUUUGACUGCAAAGGUUGCACAUGCUAGUAAGAUUCUUAAAUGGUAUAGCAUAGAUUUUGGCAAGAGUGAGGUUGAGGUGAUCAGGCAUGUGUCAAACUACUUAGAUCCAGCUGACUCCGAAAUAUUGUUGGACCUGCUUGCCUCUUCUGAGUUGAAGGUGGUAUAUCAGCCUUAUGACUGGGGUUUGAACUGCUAGAUCGUGCUAUCAAAGUUCUGUAAAUAUGUCACAGAUUGAUUUUGAUCUUCUAUACAAAUGACCUCAAAUACAUGUCCUAUAUUGGCUUUUCUGACCAUUCUAUAUGACCUAUCGUUCUAUUUACUGUCUUCCUACUACAUUUUGAUACUUAUUAUGCGGUGCUACUUAUGAUGGUUCAUUAACUCAUUGUACUCUGCAACCUUGAAUUUGUGAUGCAGCUGAAUUACUUUGUUUUGGGCUAGUGAGUCAUGCCGCAACUAUUUCUUUCUAAAUUGUUGAAGACAUUUAUUUACAACUAUUACUCCCCAUUUCUUCUCA